UUUGAACCUCGCGCAUGGCGCUUGGGCGGACUUUUGUUAAGGCAUACUUGAAGUCUUCAUAUUUAAGAUUUUCGUCGUUUCUUUUAAUGGCGUUUAAGCUGGCUCUAGAGCAAAAAGAUACCAAGUCUGCUCCUACAAAACCAUGGGUGUUAAGUGAUAGAUCAUACAAUUCUUCUUCUGUUAGGUUUACUUGGAAAUCCUGUAAGAUUUUCUGGAGUAUUUCUUUUCUAUUUUUUGGAUUUGGUGUGGAGAUUUCUAUUUCCCUGUCGAGCCUCCCAAACCUCCUAAAUGAAGGGUCAAUAUUAUCAGGUUUAUUUGUGGUAGCAAUAACAAAAACCUUUGCAUCUUCCUCUUUUAAUUUGUCAAACAUCAUCAAUAAAGAAGAGACAAUUCUUUUUUCAGUAUCAGUAACCCUAUUACUUCUUAUUGGACAUAGAAUAUCCACCUCAUCUAGCACUACAAUACUAGGUGAAUUAUCUAUUGCACUCUGAAAUAACUCCUUUAUAACUUCUUCAAUAUUCCCUGAAUAUUUACUGUACAAAUCUGGGGCACAUAUAUUAACAAUGUUUACUUUAGUAUCCUGUGCUAUAGCAUUCGCUAAUACAGUUUUCCCUGUUCCAGAGUUACCAUAUAAUAAAAUAGAUUUACACUUCAAACCCUUCAAUUUUUUGUUAAAGCAAGCAUUAAUUGUUGAUUUUAUUUCUGAAAUUUCAUCUGUAAGACCUGCUAUCCUGUCUAGCAAGUUAACUUUCUCAACAGACUUUUUAAAUUCUAAUUUAUCUUUGUAUAAUUUCCACUUUGUUUUUUCAGUUAUCAUAUAAAAAUCAUCAUUUAAGCUUAAAUCACCCAUUUCAUCGCAUAUAUCGCCGUUACUGGCACCGGAAAUAUCCUUAAUUUCAAACUUAAGUACUUUACCGUAAUACAUAACACUUAUACAGUUUUUUUUUCUUAAUAUUUUACCAAUAUGACUCUUACUAAUCCUAUUAUUUAGCUCUUGUGUAAUUUCAAGCGAUUUUGGACCAUUUAAAACCACUAUAGUGACUAACGACGCGACUUUAUUACACUCUAACUUGGACACAACCAAAUUUUUAGCAUCAUUAAGAUUUAAAUCGAUACCUAACAAAAACAAACUUUAACACACAAAAAUAGCAUCAACUUAACAAAAACUUACUAUUUUUGGUCAUAAGAACACUAGUGAGCGUUUUUUCCACAGUGGGCCAUACAAUUUUAGCCAAUGGCGCGACACCAUCAUCCAACGAUUCAACCUUACACCAAUCACCGAUAGACAAAUUUGUGAGCUGUAUAGCACCUUGACUCAAGAAAACCAAAAAAUCCUUCCCCUUACUAUCAACAUUCUUUAUUUCUUCAUUAACUUUAACGUCCAAAUGCCCAUACAAAACCCCAUCCUUGACAAAUCCAUACUCCGGUUUUUUUAAAUUUGGCGGGCAGUCGUUUGCGUGUAUUUCGAUGUCCUUGUGUAUCAAAUUCGUCAGGCAAUUUUCGCACUGAUACCACGGAGAUGCACCCUUCUUGUUUUUAACUUGAGACAUUUUUUCCACGCAGAAAAAAAACAAACAUGCUCGAUAUAACCUAGAAAUACAUUGAGGUUAUGUGUAAACGUCAGGCGGUUAAGGUGCGUAUACACUUUUCGUUUGUGUUAAGUUUGGUUUGUACGUUGGAUAUUUAAUGAAAUCAAGGUUUUUGGGAAAUUAUCUAAUAAUCUAGAGCAAUCUUUUCAUUUCCUUUAAGUUAGUUUGGGCGUUUGGUGUUUAUAUUAAUUUUACUUAGUAGUAGAUGAAGUCAUGUUUGUUAAAUUGGCAGUUUUUUUUGCUUUUACAGCAAAGUUUUGCAGCAGAAAUUCGAAAUAUUACCAAAAAGUCGUACUAUUUUAAAUUAGAUCAGCCUAAAAAUGAAUUUAGGAUACACAAUAGGGUGCAUUUGUUGAAUUAUAAUGUUAGCGACGCGAAUUUUAACAGUCCAGAGUAUUUGCAAAGGGCUCCAGCUAAGCUACAAAGAGUAAAUGAGUUUAAAGAGUUAUAUUUGGAUACAGAAUGGGACUAUAAUCACACAACUUAUAACAAAAGCGAGUUACCAACCUUUUUGGAAAAAUUCUAUGAAAAAAGAGCGAAAAAAUUAUACAACGUUAAUAGCACCACUACAAGAAUACUUUUUAAUGAAAACGCGCAAGAAGAUUCAAGUAUAAUAAAAUUCAACUUAAAUAGUUUGAAGGAAAAUGAAAGCAUAAGCGACGCAGAACUAUAUUUUUACUGGCCAUUGGACAAUUCUUCCGACAUUCAUAAAAAUUCCGUUGUUUUGAGGCUCUAUCAAUUUGAAGAGCAGCUAAAUCGAUACGAGGGAGAAAAUGGUUUUCUGGAAAAUCCUGAUAUUCAUAAAUUAUUCAGUGUUAUUUAUAUUUCAAAGGCGCAGAGGGGCUGGCAGAGUUUUAAAGUUAAAAAAGCCUUUAAUAAUUGGAUGAAUGGCGAGAAAAACUUGGGUUUGAUUCUUACUAUAAAUACUUAUGGUGACAAUAAAUUAAUAUCCAUUUUUAAUGAUACAAAUGUGGGUAAAUUAAGGACUUUUGUGGCUGUUCAUGUCUACAAUAAUGAGACAGAAACCAUGGAGAAACCACUCCCAGAAGCAGAAAUAGCGGAACUGAUAAACGUGGACCAUAAGUCCAUGAUCUACCACAAAAACCAGUGCCAACGAAAAAGUUGGUACAUAGAUUUUGAGCGUUUAAACUGGGACAAGUUUAUAAUUUAUCCGGAAGGAUACACCGCAUUCGAUUGUUUUGGGAAAUGUUACGCAACUGAUGAAGAAGUUAACAACAAUCACAUCAAAUUGUUGAAUUAUUUUAAACAGCGAACCUCCUAUUGCGUGCCUACAUCUUAUUUACCAUUGCCAAUUAUGUUUUUCGACGAAAACGGCAACGUGGUACUCAAGAAUUACGAGGACAUGGUCGCCACGCAAUGCGGAUGCAGAUAAAUUAUUAAAUUUGUAAUAAAUAAAUAAAUAACAAUUUUGUGCAAUUUCUAACAAUAAAUAAAUACAA